AUGCCCGCGCCGCUGCCGCUGCCGCUGCCUGCCGUCGCGCGCGAGCUGUCAGAGCUCCUCGUCGCCCUCUCCGCCGCCCGCGCGCUCCCCAAAGGACAGCAGCUCCACGGCCACCUCCUCAAGGCUGGACACGUCCCCGCCACCGCCUCCUCCCACACGCUGCUCGGGCAUCACCUCCUUACCUUCUACGCGCGCUGCGCUCUCCCGGACCUCUCCCUCCGCGCCUUCCUCGACCUCCCCGCGCCGCCCUCUCCCGCGGCAUGGUCCUCCCUCAUCUCCUCCUUCACUUAG